GCGCGACGUCGCUAUUUCCUGUCGAAGCCGUGAGUCGCGGUCCUGCAGCAUUCUGAGUCUCUGCUGCUCCCUCCCUCUCGCUUGCUUGCCCGCCCCGCGGCCGCCUUGCUUUUUCGACAGGAUGUUCGAGGCGCGGCUGAUCCAGGGCUCGGUGCUGAAGAAGGUGCUGGAGGCCCUGAAGGACAUCAUCACCGAGGCCUGCUGGGACCUGGGCUCCGGCGGCAUCAGCCUGCAGAGCAUGGACUCCUCGCACGUCUCGCUGGUGCAGCUCACGCUGCGCUCCGAGGGCUUCGACACCUACCGCUGCGACCGCAACAUCGCCAUGGGGGUCAACCUGACCAGUAUGGCCAAAAUACUGAAAUGUGCCGGUAAUGAAGAUAUAAUCACCCUGAGAGCAGAAGACAAUGCAGAUACGCUGGUUCUGGUGUUUGAGACGCCAAAUCAGGAGAAAGUCUCAGACUAUGAAAUGAAGUUGAUGGAUUUGGAUGUAGAGCAGCUUGGAAUUCCAGAACAAGAAUACAGUUGUGUGGUGAAAAUGCCUUCAGGAGAAUUCGCACGUAUCUGUCGGGAUCUCAGCCACAUUGGAGAUGCCGUUGUAAUCACUUGUGCAAAAGAUGGUGUGAAAUUUUCUGCUACUGGAGAGCUAGGAAGUGGAAACAUCAAAUUAUCACAAACGAGUGAUGUGGAUAAAGAGGAGGAGGCUGUCACAAUAGAGAUGAAUGAGCCUGUUCAGCUGACCUUUGCUUUGAGGUACUUGAACUACUUCACCAAAGCCACACCAUUGUCCGCUACAGUCACACUAAGCAUGUCUGCAGAUGUGCCACUAGUUGUGGAAUACAAGAUAGCAGACAUGGGGCACUUGAAAUACUAUUUGGCUCCAAAGAUUGAAGAUCAAGAUGAGUCUUAAGAACUUGGCGGGGAAGACCGUGACUUUGUGACAAACGAACCUAGGCUGGAAGCCAGUGUCCCAGGCAGGGUUGGUUCAUGGAACUACCAGAACUGCACUUCAUAGGCACGAUUUGUAGAUAUUUCUGUGUAAAUAAUUUCCCACUUGUUAAGUAAAUGCCAUUUCUAAAAAGACCUCUUUCCUAACUACCUUCUGCCCAAAACUUUUAGCACCUGUUUUUAUUACUGAACGUUUUACUCCAUUUCGCAGGAAAGGGGGUGCAAUAUUUAAAACAAGAUGAGUGACUUCUAUGGUAAUCUCCCUACUGUGAGAUUGCUGUUGACUUAUAAAAGGAAUAAUGUUAAGAGAAAUGAUUUGUUUUGAAGCUGAAGUUCUCGGACAGGAACAAACAUUUGUCAAUAAAGAAUAUUCAAUUUCUUAUCUA